AUGAUGUCGGGGUCUCACCUCGUCCUUUUUGCGGCGGGAGUGGUCUCCUACCACGCCUACUUCAAGCAUAGAGAAAACCAUCUAAGAAUUGUGCUCUACAUCCAAGUCCUUGCAGCCAUACUCAUAGCAGAGGUGCUGUUUUUCCAGCAUCAACAGAGUCUAGAUCUUGCCGCUGCCCUCACUCAUGCAGCCCGCAUCCAUGGCAGCAUUCUCAGCGGUUACUACACCAGCAUUCUCAUCUAUCGCGUAUUCUUUCAUCCCCUCAACAGCUUUCCAGGUCCCUUCGGCUGUAGGAUCACCAGUCUUUUUCUCCCACUUAUUUUUCGACACAGCGAUGCAUUUUGGCAGGUGCAGAGACUACAUGAUCAGUACGGUUCGUUCGUUCGUCUCCGACCCAACUACCUGUCUAUCGCGCACCCAAAGGCUGUAAAUGUGAUAUAUGGACCGGGAUCCAGGUGUACUAAAGCAGAUUGGUACGACAUCAGCUAUCCCAUGGUAUCGCUACAAACUAUGCGUGACAAGAAAGCCCACGAAGAGCGACGCCGCGUUUGGAGCGCCGCAUUUGGGGAUAAGGCAGUGCGCGGCUACGAAGAGCGAUUGCGUCGCUACCUAAACUACCUGGUAGAUUACUUCAGCUCACAGGCUAUAGCUGGUAAGCCUGUGAACAUCACCAAAUGGUUUGAGCUAUAUAGCUACGACUUCAUGGGUGACCUCACCUUCGGAAAGUCGUUCGGCAUGCUCGAGGCACAGGAGGACCACUGGGCUAUACACUUACUCAAACAGGCAAUGAUUCCUCUCGGUCUUUACCUGCCCACGUGGUUCUUUCGAGUUGUCACCUCGAUUCCGGGGCUGUCGCGGGCUUGGCAGCGGUUGUUUGACUUUUGUGGCGAGAGGAUGAUGGAACGAAUCAAGACUCCAGCCGAGAUUCCCAACAUUGCUUCGGUACUUGUGGCGCCGAUCAAGGGCCAGCAGCCCUCAAGAGAGCAAUGGGAACUAUUGCGAGGAGACGCACAGUUGGUUGUACUAGCUGGCAGUGAUACAACUGCCACCAUCCUCGCCGCCGCUAUAUAUCAAUUGGUACGGCAUCCAGAGCAGGUGCAGCGACUCCGCGAUGAAGUUUCCCCAUACAUAACCGAUCCGUCGCAUGAGGUCUUACAUGGGAAGAUAGCCAACUUACCACAUCUCAACGCCGUCAUCAAUGAGACUCUGCGGCUCCACUCGCCAGCUGCGGCUUCGUUGCAAAGAAAGACUCCACCAGAAGGAAUCACCAUCGAGGGGGUCUACAUCCCGGGUAACAUGACGGUUAUGUGCCCGCAGUAUGUGUUAGGCCGUGAUGAAGAGGUCUAUGAGCGACCGAAGGAAUUCCUUCCCGAGCGCUGGUACCUAUAUCCAGCGAUGGUGAAGCAGAGAGCCGCUUUUGCCCCUUUUUCCCUAGGUUCAUAUGGGUGUAUUGGCAAACCCCUGGCUUUGCUUACUCUCCGCAACACUUUAGUACGACUUGUCACGAUGUUCGAUUUCGAGUGCGCUCCUGGAGAGGAUGGGACGGCAUUUGAGGGGAAGGCGAAGGAUAGGUUUACAAUGGGCUAUGGGGACUUACAGAUACUCUUCCGGGAGAGAAGGUGA